GGUGUGGAAAAAAAAGUGCUGUUCCUCGUGCAGACCAUUCUAACUGAUUGCAUGAUUAAUGCAGAUGCCCUGCACUUGUGCUUUACAGGAAAUGUGACCCUGCUUGUUUGGGGAGGUGAAACGUUCAUUACAAUCCACCCAUGCUUCCACCCAGUGUAUGCAGACCCUGCAGAGCAUUUUCUAUUUGGUUGGGGACAGAGACGAUUAGGAAGUGAUCAGCCGUCACGACGCUGUAAGAGAUGCCCCCACUGGAUCUGAACUGCUGCUAUUGCUGCUCUCUACAUAACCACCUCCAGUUCUUUUUUUUCCAGAGAGGAUUGUUGGUUUAUUGAUUGACUUUUUAUGCAUCGGCUGGAUCCGUUCCCAAUUGGUACAGAAAAGGGGGUAUUCCAAGGAUACCAGUGUGGCAGUCCUAAAAUUAAGAGACAAGAGGGAAGGGCUAUACUUGUCAUAUUAUUUUGUAAGGUGGGGAAUGAAGGCAAGCGAUCAGGACUAAGACUAUCCCCCUCCUCACUCCCUCCUUGUACAGUCCCUCCCCCAAGGCAAGAAUGAGAAUGGGGUUCUGCUAAACCGUAGGGAGGAUGAUAAGGUAGUACACAAAUAGCUAUACAUUCUAUACGUUGCUAUGGUUCUGGAUUCUGUGGUCCUGUUCCAACAUCAAGAAUUGCAGUUAUUUUUUUGGGGGGGGAGGGAGAGGGGAGAUGACCAAUUCUGACCUUUGCGGAGAAGAGGGAGGAAAUAGAAGAAGAGAAGCUGCAUAUUUGGGGGAGAUAGACACAUCCCUGUCAGUAGCAUAUAUAUGCACAUGAGCGCAAACACCAUGAUAUUUAUGGUACUGGGGGCGUCCAUUGUUAUGAGUUGACCAGAUGCCUUGGUUAUGGGCUCUUACAGGCAAUAGCUUGCUUGAUGGACAUGAAUGCUCUUUUGGACCGAUUUCACAAUUAUAUCUUACCGCAUUUAAGAGGGGAGGACCGCGUUUGUCACUGCAACUGUGGGAGGUAUCAUGUUCAUUAUGUUAUCCCGUACGACGGAGACCAGUCAGUGGUGGACUCCUCACAGAAUUACUUUGUCACUGACAAUGUAACAAAGCAGGAGAUUGACCUGAUGCUGGGACUCUUAUUAGGAUUUUGUAUAAGUUGGUUCCUGGUCUGGAUGGAUGGGGUUCUGCAUUACGCUGUUAGGACAUGGCGGACCAGCAGACGUUACGAUAACUCCUGGUCUUGGAUUCCUAAGUUUUGCAACUUUAGGGAUUUUAGAAAACGUCACCCGCGACAAUAUGAUGACACCAGUGGGAAUAUGGUUCACAUCAAGCAGAAGCUUUACCAUAAUGGCCACCCAAGUCCUAGACAUCUUUGAGGGGCCUCACACAGACAGUAUCCUCUAGGCUCAGGGGGAUAUAGGACACGUCUUUCCUUUUGAGGAAAAAGAAAAAAAAAUCAAUGAAUUCCCAAUAUGGGAAGAGAGUAGGAAAACAAUUAUAUUCCUCUAUGUCUUGAGCACCUUCCCUUAUCUUAUAGGGGAGGACUCUACAGAGGAAGUUCAAGGAAAACCAAAUGGACUUUGAUACAUGUCGCCAGGCAUCUGAUUUUAGUGCUGAACAUUUGUACAUAUGUAAAGAUAAAUUAUAAAAGACUUGUUAAUACUUUCAAAGUGCAAGUGGUAGAAACCUCAAAACUGAUUCUAGUUUAUGUGUGUGUAUGUAAUGGUGAUAAACAGGCAGCUGACUGUCAAUCUAGUCAUUUUGCUGUAAGAUUUGGUAUGGCAGCACGCUACUAUGGAAAGCAACUCGUCUCUCUUCAGUUACUGUCAGGUCUGUGUGUAGUCAAUGAAUGUGUCUAUUUUUGUGGUGAUCAAAGGAGCCUUCAGUAAAGGUCAGUACAGGGCAACGGAACUAUGGUCCUUAUUGGAACGCUCCUUUCUAUAUCCCUUGUCCUACAAUGUGCUUGUGAGCAGCACCAAAAAACUGAUUUUAAAAGUGCAGUUCCACUUCCACUGGAUCCAAAAAAAAAAACAAUCGUAUUUUUACAGAUCAUUUUUAUUUUCUCCCAGAGAGCAUAGUUUGAUGUGAAAUGUGCAACUAGUUUUCUAUGUUGAGGAAAUAUCAGUGUAAAACAAAAGUUUAUGUUGAGUCUGUGAACAAAAAUAUACCGUAUAUAUAAAAAAUAGCAGUUUCUGCUUUAAAAAAUUAAAAAAUGAUAUCUGUCAUUGUGCUUUAUGCAAGGUGGCGAUCAGGCACAAACUCACAAAAUAUGAAUAUCCAUUUCUGAAUCUGAAUUGGUCCAAAAUUGUUCUUUGGCUGUAGGCUAUGAACUUGCACCCUUGGUAUAUGAUGAUGAGUGGGGCUGCACCUUUAAACCCUUUAUGCUAGAAAUAUAACCAGAGGGUUAGUAGGCUGAAGCAUUAGUUCCAUGCUUGUGUUUUUUAGAGCCCCGUGGGCCUCUCUGGUAGCAAUCUAAUGAACGAAAUAUGCAUUAUCAUAGAAUAUUUAUUAGAUCUCUGUUAGGAAUAUUUCUUUCGACAGAUGUUUUUUUAAGUUAUGUGUCGGUUCUUUCUCUAAAUAUAAUUCUUCUAUUCACUUCCUACAUGGACAUGAAGUGGCUCGAGGAUGAUGAUGAUGAUGAGGAUGAUGAUGAUGAUGGACAAACUGCAUGGGAAUGUGGCAGAAUUUCAUAGGACAUUGCAUGAGGAUUCUCUGCCAUUAUGUACUUUUCUUUUAAGAGUCUCUUCUUUGAUUUUAGUAUCUCUCAUGAUUUACCUUUUAAAUUGUGUUGUGAAUAUACUGUUGCUGGGUCUAUCAUUGUAUUGAGGUGUCCGAGGGCUGAUCUCUUUCGUUUUAACCAAUGGGACUGCUGUGUACAUAUAUUUUCCUUUGUCGCCAGAGGCCUAAGCAUACUGUUAGUUGACAUCCGCAUCAUUAUUUAUUGGUGGUUUAUAACAAUGGUUUGUACGUGACAUUAUGCGGAAUGAAAGCUAAAGCCAUAUUAAGAUAUGUUAAAUGUUAUUUUCAAUGUUAUAGUAUCAUUUUUACAUUAUUAAUAUUAUGGCCUUUUUAGUCAAAGCCAAGGUAUAGUUCAUGGUAAGCACUUUAUUUAUAUCCAAUAGUCAGUUUUGACAUUCCAUUCAUGUUCUGCUCUGCUUAAAGCCCUUUGUGCAUGGAUCUGUAACUGUUGACUCCCCAAAGGUUGGAGGAUGCUGGGGUUAAAGUUUUGAAACACCUAGUGAGCUGCAGAUGAUUGGGAUAUGUACGCCUUCAAAGCCACAGAACAAUAGCCAAAGUUAAUAUGAAAGUGAAGUAACAUUUUUUUUUUCAUUCCAUGUGUCACAGAUGACUUUGGUGAAGAAAAUAAAAACCUAACACCAGGGAAGAUA